AUGGGUGGAUUUCGUAAAGUCGAUACAGACAAAUGGGAGUUUGCAAACGAAGGAUUCAUAAAAGGACAUAAGCAAAUGCUGAAAAACAUCCAAAGGCGCAACAAAUCACAUCACUCGAUGAUGGAUCCUCUCACGAUACAACUAUCCAAACAAAACUGCUUCUGUGGAGGCCGAAAUCGAGCAUCUGAGGAAAGAGAGAAGUUUAAUGAUGCAAGAAGCGUUCGAGCUACAGAAUCAGCAAAGAGGGACCAUGCAACAAAUGAGGAUGGUGAACAAGAGGAUCCAUUCGAACGAGAGAAGAAACGAUCGACGACCACCAUGAGCGCACUCGCCAAUUGUGCGGUGUUGUCCAAGAAUGGCACUCCAACUUCGCGGAACUCAUGUUUCAGCAGAAAGAGUACAUCAAGGCCCUCAACACCUGACUGUACCUCAACCUCAUCGACACCAACUGGAAAGAAAAACUAUAGUGAAGACAAUAUGAAGGAGGAGCUCGAGCUGAGGGCCAAAUGUGCCGAGUCGAGAAAUGAGUUGGCUCAAAAAAUAAGGGAUUUCUGGAAUUGGUCCAUCAAGUACAUGCAGAAACGGGCUAGUAUGGAUGACGCGGGACCUGAUGAGGUUGGUAUCAGACAGGAAGCGAAUGAAUUGGUCAUUACGUUUGUACGCCUCAUUCAGAAAUCGGGUAACUACACCAAUAGCCGAGUGACCCUUCUGGUUUUGUAUCUAUACACAAGAAUCUCAUUCACGACCGACUGGAUUGCUCAGAAAACUUAA